UCUCUUUCUUCUUACUGGGGAUAAAAACGCGCGUAAAGAUGAAUGUCCAUUAUAAAAAACGCAAUAGAAUCCACCAAAGAGCGAUUAUUGGCCAAUGUUUACUUUUCUCUGGAUCUCGGUUGGUAAAAUUGGCGAAUUAUACCAGAGUAAGAUUACGUCGUUUUUCUUUUGAUUUGAGUUUAAUCUGAGUCAUGCUGAAACUUUUAAGCUGACUGAUUCGGUGAGAGCACUGAAACAAAAUAUACAAUCAUUUUUAUGUGCACGUUUAGGCGCGUUUCCUGAAUGGGAAUUGUUUUCGCUGAGAAACCGACUAAAGUUUAGCUCUGUUUCGUCUUAAUGAAAAUUCACCUGAUAACAAAGAUUUUUACAAAUUUCUCAAAAGUUUGUCCGUGCAGAGUUUAACAUAUGCUCACAUAACCUGCGUUUGCUACAAUAAAUAUCCGUGUGGUACGCAGCGUUAUAAUAUGAGACCAUAUCAAAGCGAAAGUUUAUCUUAGCAGAACUAGCAGUUACUUAUGCGUGAGUGAAUGUUCACGGCUGUGUAAACAUAGCGAUAUACGCUCGUUUACUGAUAUUUAUUCAGUGUGCCAUAUGUUUUGGUUUCGAUUAAAACUGUAUUUACACGUUAAACGUCCUACGGAACUUAAAAAAACUGUAUCAGUUGUAUAACGGGUAGCAGUAAUAUGUAAGCACACUUUUAACCAAAUACUACUUACGCAACACUGACAUACCAUAUAAAUAUAAUUUUGCAUCGAUGCAAUUCUUCAACUUUUCUUGAAUGUAAGUCCUCCAAUUAUGGAGGUAUACAAUAUAAUGUAAACUAGACCUUAAUGCCAUGUACCACGGGGUAUAUACAUAUCAAAACAGCCUCGCUCAUCCCUAAGGUUCUUUAUUGUACUUAGACAUCAGAGUUGGUUGUUUCAGAGAAGAAGACUAAGCAUGGUUAAUUUCUUUACGCUGUUGAUUAUUUUUGGUAUCGCAGCGGCGGAUGAAGUGUGUUACCCUCCUUAUGGAUGCUUCACCAGUCAGUUCCCAUUCAACCAAGCAUUUGUGCAAUUACCCGAACUUCCCAGUGAAGUAGGAACAACCUUCCUUUACUUCACUAGGAAAAAUCCGAUACAUCCACUAUUUUUGAAUCCGACUGCACCCAAUUCUCCAUCGGCGAAUAAUUUUGAUCCGAACAAAAAGACAGUGAUGCUGGUACAUGGCUAUAUUGAGUCUCGCAAGCAGUGGUACGUCCAGAUGUUCAUUGAUGAGCUACUCAAACAUGACGACAUGAAUGUGAUUUUUACUGACUGGUCAUAUGGAGCAGGGUUUCCUUACCAUCAAGCAUACGGAAACGCGAGACUUGUUGGUGCUCAAUUGUCUCGCAUGGUGGAGGUGUUGCACAAUGACACUGGUGUGAGUUUACAUAACAUUCAUCUGAUUGGCUUUUCUAUUGGGGCACAUAUUGUUGGGUACGCCGGAAGAAAUUUGAAAAGGAGAGGAAUGAUAAUAGGGAGAAUUACAGGACUUGAUCCAGCUGCUCCCUACUACGAAAGUGAACACAUUGACGUCCGGCUAGAUCCGACUGACGCCGACUUUGUUGACGUAGUUCAUACAGACGGUAAAACGAUUCUAAUCAACGGCUUCGGUACAAUACAAGAAAUGGGACAUAUUGACUUCUAUCCUAACGGAGGUUUCCAUCAGUUGGGUUGUGGAAAGCUGGAUAUAGGUGUGGUCCAGUACUUAGCCUGCAGUCAUUACCGUGCAGUAAGAUACUUUAUGGAAUCCAUUAACAGCCAGUGUCCAUACUAUGGAGUUCCAUGUGCUUCUUACAAAAGCUACACCAAGGGCAAUUGUGUGUUCUGCUCUAAUAGUACUUGCCCCCGUAUGGGAUAUCACGCGAUGAAACCGGAACAAAAACAAGAUGGCGUUAAAUUUUAUUUGAAAACACACACGGAGUUUCCAUUUUGUGGAUACCAUUAUAUAUUUGGAUUUUAUACCGACAAACGACUUUUUGGAGAUUUAUCAAGUAGUGUUGUGACAGUAAAAAUUAUUGGUUCCAAAAACAAUGAGACCAUUGAUUUGCCUCGACACACGUAUGACUCUGGUAGCAUUGAGCAUUUGAAUGUGUUGCUGAAAAAAGAUCUUGGAGUUGUGCAGUCAGUCAAUCUUCGCCAUGAUAGAAUCAUCGACAUAUGGUACUUGAGGGGUAUGACAGUGCGACCUAUUUGGUCCAACACAGAAUACACCGCCUGCUACAACAAAUGGUUAAACAGUUAUGAUUCAGGAGUAGUCUUCCAACAAGCGUCCAUAAGUUCGUGUCCAACUAAAUAAAUAAAUAAAUAAAUAAAAAAAUAAAAAAAUACCAGCUAUUUUUUUGAUUUUUUUU